UUAUAAUAAUUAUGUUAAAAACAAUAAUUAUCGGGUUAGCUUUGCUCAGCGCUUGCUUUGCAAAAGACCUAAAAAUUGCAGUUGUUAGCGACAUCCACUAUAAUAUCUUCUUCAAUGAGACUUUGGACCCCAGAGACGGAUAUUGUGAGCAUGAAGAUAAAUGGGAUAGAUUAGGCUCCUCUUUAGUUGAAAGCCCAUUUGGACGUUUUGGAUGAGAUACUCCUGCAAAGAUGGCAGAACUCAUGGUGGAUAAACUUACAGAGAUCCAGCCAGACACUGACAUCGUCCUUGUCUCUGGAGAUUUUGUAUCGCAUGGAUAUGCUGUCAAAAGAGGUUCUGAGGAAGAUCAUUACGAUGAACUUAAAGUAGCACUCCAUGAUGUUUUUGUUGAUUUACUAGGUACAAGAUUUCCAAAUUCUAUUAUUCUUCCUGCUAUUGGAAAUAACGAUAUCAGAUUUCAUUAUAUUGCUCCAAGGCAAGACGAAGAAGCAGCUGACUAUUACUCUUUCUUAUCGAAUAUGCUCUUCACAGAAGUGCCAGGUAAUAGUGGAGUUAACAGAAGGCAGAUUGAUAGAACCUUCAAAAAGUAUGGUUAUUAUAGAUAUGACAUUCAUCCGACUUGUGAUGGAGAGACUUGUCUUAGUAUCAUCUCCUUUAAUAGUCUGUACAAUAGCCUAAACAGACCUCGAGACUCUGAAGAAGAUAUUGCUCAAGCUCAGCUCGAAUGGCUCUAUGAUAAUCUAGAGACUGCUGAAGAAGGAAGAAAAUUCAUCGUCUUUAUGCACAUCUACCCCGGACAAUACCAGGUGUUCCAAGAAACUUACUUCUGGGAUGAUUCAACAACUGAAAAAUUCAUUAACAUUAUGGAAAUGCAUUCUGAGAAAAUAAUGAUGACUUUAGGAGCUCAUACUCAUUACUCAGAUCUUCGUGUAAAUAUUCCUUACAAAGAAAAUUCUGAUGAAGAACCUGUUGCCAAAUUUUCAAUGUUAGCUACACCUUCGUUCUCUCUUUCAAACUACAACAAUCCAGGGUUCACUAGAUUUGUUGUCAGGAAUAAUACCGUACAAGAUCUGAAGCUAACCUUUAUGAAUGCUCACCACUUCCCUCAAGAGCCUAAGAAUGCUAGAUUCAACGAACUUGACUACAAAAAAGAUCUUGGAUUAGAAACUUGGACUCACAAAAAUGUUCAGGAUGUGAUCAAAAAUACAUUGGAAAACAACUGGUCCCUCUUCAUGAGAUACCUAGGAUGGAAGGUUGGAUUCCAAGGACUCAUUAGCAUGUAUGGAGUGUUUAUCCACAGACUUCUUGGCUCUGUGGGUAUCUUCUCAAGCCCCAUCUUCUUCUGUGCUUCCAGACAUGUAAACAAAGUUGACUUCCAUAAGUGCCUCGGUAAAUAAUUGGUGAUCCAUUGGAGUCCUUUCAAAAUUCAA